GAAGCAAAGAAAACGAGCUGCAAAGAAAAACGUGAGGCGUCCGUUUGUCGCGUUCGCGCUUGCUUUUCCAUGUGUAAAUGAUGUGUGAAAAAUUCACCGAAUUUCCCAACAAAUUGUGCCCAAAUGUCCGGCCGUGAGUGAAGAAAAUAAACCCGAUACUCGAUCUAACCAAAAUCCGAGUCGAAAAAAGAUUCGAGCAACGAAGCCAGCAAUCACAACAAAACCAAACAACACAAAAGAGAGGCCAGAGAUACACAGCCCGAGAGAGAACAGAUAAAUAGAGAGAGAGAGAGGGAGAGAGAGAACCACUCUGUUUUAGAGGGAAUGCAGAGUGCGGGCCAAAAUGCAGCCGAACAAAUUACUAAAACACAAGGAAAACUAAUCAAAUAAAGAAGCGAAGACAAUUCCACAGCACGCACUGUAUCUGUCUACACCUCAGGUCGCAGACAGACAGCAGGCACUGUAUAUCGAAAGCGAGAGAGAUUGGCAGUAUUCCCCCGCCCGUGUUAGCGCUAAAACAGCUAAAGAUACGGCAGCCAUGGACAGGGACAGCCUACCCCGCGUACCGGACACCCACGGCGACGUGGUCGAUGAGAAAUUAUUCUCGGAUCUGUACAUACGGACCAGCUGGGUGGAUGCCCAAGUGGCGCUCGAUCAAAUUGAUAAGGGUAAAGCGCGUGGCAGCCGGACGGCCAUCUAUCUGCGUUCAGUAUUCCAGUCCCACCUCGAAACGCUCGGCAGCUCUGUGCAGAAGCAUGCGGGCAAGGUGCUAUUCGUGGCCAUCCUGGUGCUGAGCACCUUCUGUGUGGGCCUGAAGAGCGCCCAGAUUCACUCGAAGGUGCACCAGCUCUGGAUACAGGAGGGCGGCCGCCUCGAAUCGGAGCUGGCAUACACGCAGAAGACCAUCGGCGAGGACGAGUCCUCCACGCAUCAGCUGCUCAUCCAGACGGCCCACGAUCCGAAUGCCUCGGUGCUGCAUCCGCAGGCGUUGCUCUCCCACCUCGAGGUGCUGGUCAAGGCCACCUCCGUCAAGGUGCACAUGUACGACGCCGAGUGGGGACUGCGAGACAUGUGCAACUCCCCGACGACGCCCACCUUCGAGGGGCACUACUACAUCGAGCAGAUACUAAAGCAUUUGAUACCGUGCUCGAUCAUCACGCCGUUGGAUUGCUUCUGGGAGGGCAGCCAGCUGCUGGGACCGGAGUUUCCCGUGAAUAUACCUGGCCUCAAUCAGCGCCUCAUGUGGAGCACCCUGAACCCCGCGUCGGUGAUGCAGUUCAUGAAGCAGCAGAUGUCCGACCAGAAGAUCAGCUUCGACUUCGAGACCGUCGAGCAGUACCUGAAACGGGCGGCCAUCGGUAGCGGCUACAUGGAGAAGCCCUGCCUCAAUCCGCUGAAUCCCAGUUGCCCGGAGACGGCCCCGAACAAGAACAGCACCACGCCGCCAGAUGUGGGGGCGAUUCUGUCGGGCGGGUGCUACGGCUAUGCGGCCAAGCACAUGCACUGGCCGGAGCAGCUGAUUGUGGGCGGGGCGCAGCGGAAUCGCAGCGGACACCUGAAGAAGGCCCAGGCCCUGCAGACGGUGGUGCAGCUGAUGACCGAGAAGGAGAUGUACGACCAGUGGGAGGACAAUUACAAGGUGCACCACAUCGGCUGGACCCAGGAGAAGGCCGCCGAGGUGCUGAAUGCCUGGCAGCGGAACUUCUCCCGCGAGGUGGAGCUCCUCCUGCGCAAACAGUCUCGCAUUGCGGCCAACUACGACAUCUACGUGUUCAGCUCGGCCGCCCUGGACGACAUCCUGGCCAAGUUCUCGCAUCCGAGUGCCCUGAGCAUCGUUAUCGGCGUCGCCGUCACCGUCCUUUACGCCUUUUGCACGCUCCUCCGCUGGCGGGAUCCCGUUCGGGGCCAAAGCAGCGUGGGUGUUGCUGGUGUCCUGCUCAUGUGCUUCAGCACAGCGGCUGGCCUGGGACUGUGUGCCCUGAUGGGGAUCGUCUUCAAUGCGGCCAGCACCCAGGUGGUGCCGUUCCUGGCCCUGGGUCUGGGAGUGGACCACAUCUUUAUGCUGACGGCGGCGUAUGCGGAGAGCAAUCGCAAGGAGCAGACCAAGCUGAUCCUGAAGAAGGUCGGACCCAGCAUCCUGUUCAGCGCCUGCAGCACGGCCGGCUCCUUCUUCGCGGCCGCCUUCAUUCCGGUGCCUGCGCUGAAGGUCUUCUGCCUGCAGGCGGCCAUCGUGAUGUGCUUCAAUCUGGCGGCGGCUCUGCUGGUCUUCCCGGCCAUGAUCUCCUUGGAUCUGCGGCGGCGCACAGCCGGACGGGCGGACAUUUUCUGCUGCUGUUUUCCCGUGUGGAAGGAGCAGUCCAAAGUGAUGCCGAUGAACAACAACAGCCUGCGGGGAGCACGGCACGUGAAGAACUGCAACAACAACCGCGUGGGUCUGCCUCCCCAGCCACCAUCCCAGAACCCCCUUCUGGAGCAGCACGCCAGCGGCGUCCCCUCUGCCAGCAGCAAAAGCAGCAGCAGCAGCAGCUCCCUGCCGUCCUUCUCGCUGUCCAGCUUCGCCUUCGAGUACUACACGCCCUUCCUGAUGCGCAGCUGGGUGAAAUUUCUGGCCGUGAUGGGCUUCCUGGUGGCGCUGAUCUUCAGUCUGUACGCCUCCACCAAGCUGCAGGAUGGCCUGGACAUCAUCGACCUGGUCCCAAAGCACAGCAACGAGCACAAGUUCCUCGACGCGCAGACGCGCCUCUUCGGCUUUUACAGCAUGUACGCGGUGACGCAAGGCAAUUUCGAGUACCCCACGCAGCAGCAGCUCCUGAGGGACUACCACGACGCAUUCGUCCGAGUCCCGCAUGUGAUCAAGAACGAUAAUGGGGGCCUGCCGGACUUCUGGCUGCUGCUGUUUCGCGACUGGCUUAGCAAUCUGCAGCGCAUCUUCGACGAUGAGAUCCGGGACGGGCGACUGAACAAGGAGGUGUGGUACCCGAAUGCCAGCAGCGAUGCCAUCCUGGCGUACAAGCUGAUCGUACAGACGGGCCAUGUGGACAAUCCGGUGGACAAGGAGCUGGUGAAGACGAAUCGGCUGGUCUUCAGCGAUGGCAUCAUCAAUCCGAAGGCCUUCUACAACUAUCUCUCUGCCUGGGCCACCAACGAUGUCUUCGCCUAUGGAGCCUCUCAGGGCAAACUGUAUCCAGAACCGCGUCAGUAUUAUCAUGCGCCCAACGAGUACGACCUGAAGAUACCCAAGAGCCUGCCCCUGGUCUACGCACAGAUGCCCUUCUAUCUGCACGGCCUGACGGACACCUCGCAGAUCAAGACCCUGAUCGGACACAUACGCGACCUGAGCGUUAAGUUCGAGGGCUUUGGUCUGCCCAACUAUCCCUCCGGCAUUCCAUUCAUCUUCUGGGAGCAGUACAUGACGUUACGCUCCUCGCUGGCCAUGAUCCUGGCGUGUGUCUUGCUGGCUGCCUUGGUGCUGGUCUCCCUGCUCCUGCUGUCCGUUUGGGCCGCCGUGCUGGUGAUCCUCAGCGUCUUGGCAUCGCUGGCCCAGAUCUUUGGGGCCAUGACCUUGCUGGGCAUCAAGCUGUCGGCCAUACCCGCUGUCAUACUCAUACUGAGCGUGGGCAUGAUGCUCUGCUUCAAUGUGCACAUCUCCCUGGGCUUUAUGACUUCGUUGGGCAAUCGUCAACGUCGCGUCCAUCUGGCCAUGCAGCUGUCAUUGGGUCCCCUGGUGCAUGGGAUGCUCACCUCUGGGGUGGCCGUUUUCAUGCUCUCUACGUCCCCCUUCGAGUUCGUCAUCCGCCACUUCUGCUUCCUGCUGAUCGUGGUCCUCUGCGUGGGGGCCUGCAACAGUCUGGUGGUCUUCCCCAUUCUGCUGAGCAUGCUGGGGCCAGAGGCGGAGCUGGUGCCGUUGGAACAUCCAGAUAGGAUAUCCACGCCCUCGCCGCUGCCAGUGCGCAGCAGCAAGCGCUCGAACAAGUCGUUCAGUGGGAACGGCUCGCGUACAUACAAAAAAGAACCACAAGGACUUGAACCAAAAUAGUAUCGCUUAUAUGGAAGCGAAUGAAACGAGAGAAAAGAAAGUACUAUUACUAAAUCGAGAAAUAACAAUUACAAACAGACACAAAAAACAAAAACCACAAAAAAAGCCCUCCCCCGUAACAGUACUUACAGCCAAAAUAAAAUGAAAAUAUAAAUACAUAAUUGAAAAACAAAAAACAAAACGAUUAAUGGAAACGAAUAAGAAUGGAAGAACUAUUCUAAACGCGGCAUUUAUCCAUGUAAAUUUGUUGC